AUGGUAGCCAAGUUCAUUUUCGUCCUCAGUGUUGCAGUGGCUGCUUCAGCCGUGCCCUUAGUUCCUAUCGGCAAAGUAGCCUACGCCGAACCUGAAGCGCCCGCACACUACGAGUUCCAAUAUUCAGUACACGAUGAACACACCGGGGACAUCAAACAGCAGCAGGAGGCCCGCGCCGGCGAUGAAGUGCACGGAUCCUACUCCUUAGUUCAACCUGAUGGUGUUCACCGCAUCGUCGAAUACACGUCAGACAAGGAACAUGGAUUCAACGCUAUCGUACGCUACGAGGGACAGCCAAUCGCCAAUCCUGCUCCUGCUAAGAUCGCCUACGCCGCUCCCGUAGCCAAGCUGGCGUACGCUGCUCCCGUAGCUAAGGUCGCCUACUCCGCACCUGUCGCUAGAGUAGCCUACUCUGCUCCCGUGUCCUACGCCGCGCCUGUCGCUAGAGUAGCCUACUCCGCUCCCAUCUCAUACGCUGCCCCCGUCGCCAAGGUUGCGUACUCUUCCCCGCUCACUCAAGUAUCUUUCUCUUCUCCCGCUAUCUCCUACCACCACUAG